CCGGGAUUGCUGUGUAACUUUCGAUAUGGCUGUGGUUGAACUGAAGAAAUGUUUGGUCAUUCUGAUGAUCCUUUAUGGGUUAGCCAUGCUCUUUGGACUGAUGGGAUUUAUUCCUAUGAUAGCUCACGUCUAUCCACAAUCCGAGUGUCUUCUCUAUUCGUAUCAAAUCAUGCAGAAACUCUCAUACGGCCACUAUGCAAUUUGCAAUUUCGUGGGUUACAUGUUCGUGGUGGUAGUGGUCAUCGCUGGAGUGCUCAUGGGUUUGGCUUUCUCUGAAUUGCGGAAAAUGAAAGGUCAUCAUCCCCACGGGCCGUAUGUGGAGCAAAAGAUUCCCCCCAAGAUCAUAGUGCUCCAUCUGAUUGGCAUGGCUUUGGCUUUUCUCUUGACCAUGAUCACUACCAUAGUUGUUUUCGUAUCUGUUUAUCUGUUGGGUUUGCUGUCGUGGUCGUGCUUGUCAACAAAGUUAGGCCGACGUGAAAGCUUUGACACAUUAGAUUUAUCAUUUGCGGGUGAAUUUAGUUUUACAGUAAUUUGCUCUAGAGAAAUGGCACGUUCCUCAGUUUUGAAUAAGCUGAAUUCUGACCCGUAUGCCACUCGAGGAGAGGAGAUUCAGACCCGAUAUGAGGACGACUACAAGUUCCACCGAUACACCAACCGCUAUGGUAACGCCUUUGGAUCCGAGUUCUAUUCGAUCAAGAUUACAUGCAGAUCCAUCUUGACGGACCCCGAGGUGCACCAAAAAUUGCACGACUAUCACUAUGAGCAACAAUCGCGUUAUUAUGGAUAUUGGUACGGACAAGAUCUCUUCACCUACAACUCGAAGAGCGAGGCAAGCAAGACUAAUGCCCUCAUGGAAUCCUCGAUGGCAGGAGGAUGGCUUUGCUUCAUCUUUUGGUUGGGUGGCUUCAUUCUGAUCGUGGUGCAAAGAUAUUUCAUUAAAAAACACAAGACUGAACAGGACAGGCUCUCCAUGCACUCGACCAUGAUGGGCUCCAUGUACCAAGGUGAGGGAUCAACCGUGGGAAGUCAAUACAGAAAGGACGGAUCGCUCAUUUCAGGACGAGCCAGUACAUUUCAGAGAGGCGGAAGUUUGAGGGGAUCAGAUCGAUCCAUGAAAUCCUCUCGACGAGAUAUCGAUGAAAUGGCUUUGAACAGUAUUCUACGUACGCCUCAAGCUCAGCGGGCUCCAGGUCCAUCGUCCACUUAUGGACGAAAAGAUGUAGAUGACAUGAUGAUCAACCAAUACAUCGACAAUCAUCAUCAGCCGUCGGCGUCGUAUCGAUACCCGAAUCAAAGUGUUCCUUCGCAUCAGUUUUCCGGGAUCCAAAAUACUCCGCGUUCCCUGCAGUCUUCCCGAGAAACAGGCUACAUCUCGGACUCAAAUUCCACCCAUCAGUUGGGGAAUCGAGCCCAUUUCGGUUAUCCGGGAGGAGCAGUGCCCAUUCGAACCACUGAUGAGGCCAUCUAUUUGCAACGAGAUGAGAUGGAAACGGAGAUUUUUUGACCCCCGCGUGUUUCAAUGUUGCAACCACAUGAUUAGAUGAUCUCUUUAUGUACGUCUACGGAUCUUUGUGUUCACCCCUUCCGCGAGCAUUAUGGCAGAAUAAAGGCCAUCCUCGGGGAAAACGAACAUUUACUGGCAAAGCAGAGAGUUCACAGGGUCUUCAUUUGGAUUUCAAAGGCAAUCAUCAAGCAUUGAAAUGAGGUUGCUUGCGCUCUCUCUGGCUCUUUCAGAUUAUAACGAGAAUCGGCUCAUCCAAUUUAAAAUGAGAAUGUUUAUUCUUGGGCUC